CGAUACAUUCGAUAUAAAUAAACACGAAACUCGGUUUGUGUUUAUUAUAUUACGACGUGUCUGCAUUUUGACCCGUGCCAGAGGAUCUGGAAAGUGCGCGAUUGCCACCAAAACAAGCAGGACACCAUUCGGGUGUAGAGCAGGUGGACAGGAAACGGAGGAGCAGCUGAAGGAAACGCGAAGGAAGUGGUCAUAGUGGGGAGAAGGAGCCAGUGAACUAAACCAUCAUCAUUACCAUUGAGCACAUCCAGAAUGGCUGGGUCCGCACUGCGCCGCCUGAUGGGGGAAUACAAACAGUUAACACUUGACCCGCCCGAGGGCAUUGUGGCCGGCCCCAUCAGCGAGGACAACUUCUUCGAGUGGGAGGCACUGAUUGCCGGACCUGAGGGCACUUGCUUCGAGGGCGGAGUGUUUCCCGCCCGGCUCAUCUUUCCGACCGACUAUCCCCUGAGUCCGCCAAAAAUGAAAUUCACUUGUGACAUGUUCCAUCCCAACAUAUUCGCCGACGGGCGCGUCUGCAUAUCAAUACUACACGCACCCGGCGACGAUCCCAUGGGCUAUGAGCUAUCCGCGGAGCGCUGGAGUCCUGUCCAGAGCGUGGAGAAGAUUUUGCUUAGUGUGGUCAGCAUGCUGGCGGAACCCAACGAUGAGAGCGGCGCUAAUGUGGAUGCAGCAAUUAUGUGGCGCGAACAGAGGGAUGAGUUCAACGCCAUCGCUCGUCGGUUGGUGCGCCAAACCCUUGGUUUGCCGGCGUAAAUGAUCAGCACGUCGUACUGAAUAUGAACCAUAUGCGUCACCGUCUAUACUUUUUACCCUGAACAACACGAUUCCAACAACUCGCUAACCCAUAGUUUUCUCAAAAAUCCCUCGUCGGGCUAACGCGACACGUUUCAAAUUAGCAAAAAUUAAGAACCUAACGUCAAAAUCGACUUACUCAAGUUUAUCUAGCACUCUGACGGCUUCACCGGACUUAACUGGAGGGCCAAUCACCUGAAGUACAUCACUGGUUGUUGGUCACGAGGCCUGGUGAAGGCGGUGUGGGAAGUUGGCAAAAAAUAAGUGAAAAUUGUAAUAAUUUAUAUUAUUAAAUGUUUAUUUUUUAUAUUUUCGUUGGAUAUAAUUUGUAUUAAUGCUUUAUAAAGAUGCUGUUUUGAAAAGUGAAAUAGAAAUUACGAACAUUCAAGUGCAAAUGCAAAGUA